AUGUCAAUGGCACCACAAGCAAUCCAUUCCAACCUCUCGCGGCCACAUCCUACCGACUCUCGCUUGCUCCAGAACCUGAUCAAGGGGGAGAAGAUCUAUAUCGACAACCUUGCCGCCUCGUCCCAUUCAGGUUACGCUGCUGCUAGUGCGUUGGCCGCAUGGGGUACUUCCGAGGCGCCGGACAUCUCGAAAGCAUCCCAGACUCUUUCUGAGAUCCUGGCAUCGGCCGCUGACGCACAACGCACUCAUGUUCAGGCUCUCGAAGGCUACCGCAGUGCGCUCAAGGAUGUGCUUGACCGUGAACAUAGCAUCCGCUCUGUCGUGCGUGAUCGCGACAUUCUUGUCGGUCGUCUGAUCAAGGCGAGCAAGAAAAAGGUUUCCAAGAAGGACUCGGGUCUCAGCCAAGAUGAAAAGAUGGAGAAAGUCAAUGCUGCACAGCGUGAGCUGCAUGCUUGCGAACAAGUGCUUGCCAGCGAAGAAGCUGCUCUCGUUGGUGUUAAGCGACGCACCUUCAAGGAGGCCCUUACAAUGCGUAUGAAGACCAUGGGCGAUGCAGGUGCUGCUAUGGUCGACGCUGCAAAAGAGGCCAUUCUCUUGCUAGACGAGUUCGACACGCACGGACCCUUGCUUCAAGCUACUGGAGGUGGUCAGUACGAAAGCAUGUACGCCGAUGACGGUGUCGAGACCGGUGCCUACGACAACCAGGCUCUCGACCAGGCCUACUAUGGUGGACAGCAACAGCCUCAAGGCAUGCCAGACCAAAUGCAGGCCGACAAGUACGGUUCGCCUAUCGCAGCCAACGGUACCAACCUCACUCGCGACGAGCAGGGACGUUUCCACAAACACCUUCAGGGCCCACACCUCGACUCUCGCAACCCUCAGCACUUUGACGGCGCCUCAGUCACUCCUUCUCAAUCUGCCAGCCAAGUCAUCGACCACGACCGCUCCCAUGUCCCGCUAGGUCAGCGCUACACUUCGCAGUUUGAAGACGUAGAGGAGCAAGAAGGCAUCCCUUCCGACACCGACAGCGAAGAGGACUACCGACGUGCUUUCAUCGAGCCUCGCAUGCGCAUGCCCGCUCCGCAUGAACUCGGCCUAGCAGCAGACACUCACCACUCGUUCAUCCCAGAAGGUCAAGCCGGUCAGCGCGGUGCCAACGGCGCCGCGCCCCCUCCUCCUCCACGCAAAGACGACGGCGCCUCCCAAGUGCCUAUGCCCCCUAUGCCCUCGGCUCCUGCCUUUGACGUCAAUCAGGCAGGUGAAUACGACCAGAGUCAAAACGCCGACCAAGGCUACAAUCCCAAUAACACUCAGUACAGCUCUCCUCGCUACUCCAUGUCGCGACGCAGCGGUGACUCCGAAGGUGGCUACGGCCACAAGCGCAAGUCGAGCAACUCAUUGAUCGGCAAGAUGAGUCGUCUCUUCAAGACUGACAUUCACAAUGACGCACCUGAUUCGGACCAACGUCCAGGCUGGAACACGCGCAUUGCAGGCAAUGUUGAACAAGGCGAGCGACGUCGUAGUGGUUUCUUCCGACCAAGUGAGCCUGACAGCUCCGAUGAAGAGCCCGACACUCGCCAAGUCUUCCGCAAUGUCAACCAACAACGUCCCGGCUAUCCUGCCAUUGGUGGCAAGGGCAAGCUCUCGUCCGGCUCUCGCAUCCUUCCUGGGCCCCAGAGCAACCGUAUCCAUGACGCCGAACAAGCCGAGAUCGACCGCAUUCGCGCCUCUGUCGUUGGUGGUGGUAUUGGCUCCUCUAUCAAGCAACCUGCAGCUGGCGAAGCCGACAGCAUUCGCUCCACGACGACUGGCACCAAGAAGAAGAAGAAGAAGAAGAAGCGUCCCGUUGCCGGCAGCGAGAUUGGUACCGCACCCACUCGUCCAUCGGCUAGCUACACCAUCUCGGGCGACCUUUCGUCCUUGCGAGGCAACAGUUCAGCUGACCCUCCCGGCCUCUCGAGAAGUUCCACGAUGAAGUCGACCAGCUCCAAGAAGAAGAACCGCGCCAGCACCGCUAGCUCAGGUCUGAUUGGCGGUAACGUCUUCAGCCCCAACGCUGGCAAGUACGGUGCUGAUUCUUGGAUCAAGAAGCCUGCCAGUCAAAUGACCGCGUACGAAGCUGUCGCUAUGGCUGGUGUCGUGCCCAAGUCUGCCGCGCCCAAGGACAAGCCCGCUUCGACGACAACGACUACCCCUGCUGCUGUUCCAUCCGGCUCUCUCUCGCCAACUACUGCUGGUGCGGCAGCGGGUAACGCCUCGCGGCCUGCUUCCGUCAUGUCCGGAUCAGCUGGCAAGAGCGCACCUCUCAAGUCGGCGCUCAAGACACCCACUCUAAGCCGUGCCAACAGCACCUCUAGCGCUAAGGACCUUUCGAAGUCGCCCAAGAAGGCAUCUGGAUCGUCGAACGCAGCUACGGUAGCUGCCCCAGGCCUCCCUGCCAAGUCCGCUCUCCGCAAUGAUAUCACUCAGAGCAUUCGAGCUGAACCUUUGCCUCAGCCCAAGAUGGAGCCUAUCCCCAAGGCACCGGCGCCCGUCACUUCCCAGCCUUUGCCUGAGACUGUGGCUUCUCAGCCAGCUCCUGCUGUUCAAGCCGCUCCAGUCCAGGCGGCUCCUCAAGCUCAGGCAGCGCCUGUUGCUUCGCAGCCAGCGGCCGCAACUUCGGCUCCGGCUGCAAGUGCCGCUGUUACUGCUCCUGCCACUGAGACUGCCGAUCCAGCUGCCGCACCUCAGGCUGCUGGCGAAGCCGUCCCCAAAGCACCACAGUCCGUGCUCAGUAUUGAGGAGGACAAGGGCUUCGAUGGUACUGGCCGUCUCGAUCUGUCUACCGACGGCGCAGCAUCUGCGGCGACACAGAUAAACACGGCCCCACAGGCCAAGGCGCAAAUGCCCAAGCUCGACAUGCCCAGCUCGGAACCCUUCUCGAUCUCGUUCGACGGUGUCAACAAGGUCGACGGCGCUCGUCGUGGAUCUGCUGUGACCAUGGCAAGCAACGCUGAGGACGGUGUCGUAACUCCCGGAGCUGAACAGACUUACAAGGCAUUCAUCCAGGAGCACGGUCAAUCUCCCUCCAUCGAGCGCUCAGGUGAAGCUACACCCAUCGGUACCAAGUCUCAGCCCAACGGUGUUACUCGCCUCACCGACCGCAAGGUCAAGCUUGAGCCCAGCCGUGUCUACGGUGCUGGUGGACCAGAGUUGAGCGACACUUCGUCAGAAGAGGGAUCAGCUGUUCAAGCUGCCGAGAAGAACAGCAAGCAGGCUGAAGGCGGUGCACAGAAGGCCGCUCAGGUGCAAGCCUCGUCCGCUCUGGCUGAUCCUACCCACCAGCCUGAUCCCAGCUUGCAGAGCCUCUCCAGCGCUCCUGUCACCAGCGACGCUUCCGCUCCAGCCCUGUCUGGCACCCCGGCAGCCCCUGCGAAGGCUCUCAACCUUGCCGCCUUGGCUGUGCCCAACAAAGCCCCCAGCGAGACUGACAGCGUUGUCGCCCGUCGCAAGAGCGUCCGUAUGGCACCUGACACCAAGCUCCCACCUGACACUCCUACCGAUGGCGGCGACUUUGAAACUCCCCGAGGCAACGAACACGGCGGCCAGGACCCACUUGCCGCGCGUGGUUCGCAGUUGAGAAACCGGAUCGCUCCUCUUCCCUCUGCUCCUACUAAGCCGACCAAGGAGCCAGGUCCGAUUGACCUCGGUGCGGGUCGACAGCCGACCGGCUGGACCAGCCGUGUUCGUAACAAUGCCGACAGCAGUGAUGACGAGGACGCUGACGAAGAUGGUUAUUCGAGCGCACGCAAGGCGUUUGGCUCUGCCACGAGAGGAUGGGGUGAGGCGAUGGGUACGAGCAAGCCCAAGAAGAAGGCUGGUGAUGCUGGGUCGGUGAGGUCGAAGGUUUCGACCAAGUCGAAGAAGGGUGCGGCGGCGGGGAAGCGAGGUUCUGAGGUUGGCGGUGGUAGUGCGGUUGCUACUCCGGCUGCUCCUCAGCCUUCGAUUGGAUACGUGCCUACUGCGCCUGGAUCGAUCUCGUCAACGCUGUAUACGGCGAAGGCACCUGGCUCGUCGGUUGGGGCUGGUGCAAGUGCUCCUCCUCCUUCGAGCUCGAUGUAUUCUGUCACUGCUCCAGGCUCGGUUGUGAGCGGAAGCGUCGUUCCUCCCUCCACCUCCACCGCUCCCGCUUCUACUCCUGCAGCGACUACCAUUCCCCAGGCUCCAGCUCAAGCCCCUGCCCCAUUGACUGCAUCCAACUUGAACACGUUGGACAGCAACAAAGAUCGUCCCAACAUGCCUCCUGUCCCCGUCGCUCCUCCUGCUCAGGGACAGAGCACGAUCAGCGUCCCCACUGCCCCGCCUCCCGCUGUUUCGGGGAAGGUAAGCAGCUCAGGUGGAAAAGGCUUCUUUCGAAGGUUCAAGCGUAAUAAGUAA